AUGGCGGUGCCGGUGCUGGAGUUGCGCCGGGUGUGCCAGCAGGUCUGGGAGCCUGUGCUCGCUAGGGCGAAUCGGUCUGUCGUCUUCCUGGACGCGGCGUGCGCCGAGGCGCUGCACUGGGGAGGCGGCGGGGCGGGCGAGCUGCUGGCGGCGGGGGCGCUGGCCGUCAGGGCUCUGCCCGCUGAGACGGGAGGAACAGCGGCGUCAGGCCGCAUCGUCUUCGUGGUGAGCGGGCCGCUGCGGGGAGGCACAGCCGCCGCUGUCCGCGGAGUAUUGGACCGGGGCGCCGUUCGGCACUGCGUCCUGGUGUGCGGCGGCGAGGCGGAGGACGGCGAGCAGGCCGAGAUGGAGGAGACCCUGCGGCGGUGGAUGGGCGAAGGUAGCCGCGCCGAGGUGGUGCUGCGGGGCCCACCGCUCCUGGCGCCCGUCUCGGCCGAGCUCUGCUUGCUGCCUGGCCUGGCGACGUUUCUUCCGCCUCUGCCCGGCUCCGGCGGGCCCGGCCCCGUGGAGGCCGGGCUGGGCGCCCUGCCCGCCGAGUUGCGGGCGGCGAUGCGGACCCUGGUGGGCGACCUCGACGCUCUGUUCACCGCCCUGGGCCUGCGAGAGGAAUGCUUCGCCGUGGGGACUCUCAGCAGGGUCGUCGCCGCUGAGCUGGCAAGCUACGCCCCGGCCAGGAACAGGAGGAGAAUGGGCACCAAUAAAGCCUCCAUCGUCUUCGUGGACAGGACGUUGGACCUCGCUGGAGCAGUUGGCCAUCAUGGUGACAAUCUUGCAGAGAAGAUCCUUUCUGUGCUUCCCAAGCUUCCUGGCCACAAGACUGAUGUGAUGGUUAACAUGGUAGAACUCACAGCACUGCAGACUACAGAUGAAACCUGCAGCAUUAUAGCACCUGGCUGCUUAGCACAACCCAAUGAUCCAGCUGCCAGAGCUCUCUGGGAGUCCUUCAUGAACCUCAAACAGAAGGAAGCUGUGAUGGAGGCUAGGAGACACCUUGUGGAGGCUGCGAGCAGAGAAAAUUUGCCUAUUAAAAUGAGCAUGGGCAGAGUCACCCCAGAACAGCUCAGCUCUUACCUUCAGCUGUUCAGAAAUAAUCUCAAAGCUUUGGAGAACCAUUGUGGUCUUCUACAGCUUGUGCUGGCCACAAUCCAGACUUUGAAACACCCCCAGACUGCCAAAUGGGACAACUUCCUUGCCUUUGAGAGGUUACUUCUGCAGACCCUUGGUGAGUCAGAAAUGGCCAGUGUUUUAAAGCAGUUGCUGCCAAUGAUCAAGUCUUACAAGGAGAGGAAAAAAGAUGAUUACACCUGUGAGGACUUCCUUGUCCUGCUGGUAUACAUGUAUUCUGUGGUUGGAGAGAUGAAAAGUGGAAAAGAGCUGGAUGCAGCUGAAGAAGAGGUGAAAAAGGCCCUAACCAAAGCCAUUUGUGAUGAGCCGGAGCCAUCUCCUUUGUGGCAGAAAAUAACAGGCUGUGAGUCCUCCCUGGGCCUGACAUCUCAGAAAGCCAUGGAUGCAGUGGACGAUGUCUUCCGGUCCCUCAGGGACGUUGCAAGAGCUCGAGCGCACUUGAAGCAGUUUAAUUCCAUCCAUGAUCCAGGCAGCACCACUCUCCAGGCUUCUUACAAACCCCUGCUGAAACAGGUGGUGGAAGAGAUCUGUAGUGCUGAUCGACCUGAUCCUGUUGAUAUUGAGCACAUGUCAUCAGGCCUCACUGAUCUCCUCAAAACUGGAUUCAGCAUGUUCAUGAAGGUGAAUCGCCCUCACCCUGGUGAUCAUCCUCUUCUGAUCGUUUUUGUGGUUGGUGGAGUGACAGUCUCUGAGGUCAAAAUGGUGAAGGAUCUGGUGGCAGCACGCAAACCUGGCACCCAGGUCCUGGUGCUCUCCUCUGCACUCCUGACACCACCCAGGGCUGCUGAGUUGUUGUUUGCCACAGAUGGUCUCCACCCUGACACUGGUAUCUGA